AUGUCAAUACUUGAAAGAGUGGACACUCGCCCAGAACUCCUCCCUGAGCCGGUCCAGCCACCUCUGCAGAAUGGAACCGAUCCUGGAGCAGCCACCAGUUUUGACACCAGUUCCCUGUACCAGGUGACCCUGCAGGCCCAGGGUCGGGGCCAGAGCCAGAAACCUCUCAGUUCUGUAGGGGUCACAGGUCAGGGUCCCACGGAGACCGGCGCCGAGGACCAGGUGACGGAGAAGCACACGGCAGGACAGAGCUGCGACAGUGUCAACUCUGAUGCCACCUCUGGGAAGGAGCUGAGCGACGGCUACGAAGGGACGCACGGCUGCAAAGGUGAAGCCAAAGUCCGCAAACACCAUCGCAGGUCCACACGAACACGAUCUCGUCAGGAGAAGACCAGCAGGCCCAAACUGAGCAUGCUCAAUGUGUGUACCACAGGUGAUAAGAUGGUGGAGUGUCAGCUGGAAACCCAUAACCACAAGAUGGUGACCUUCAAGUUUGACCUGGAUGGAGACGCACCAGAGGAGAUCGCUACCUACAUGGUGGAGAAUGACUUUAUUUUACUUUUGGAGAAAGAGAUGUUCAUCGAGCAGCUGAAGGACAUUGUGGACAGAGUGAAGGACAUGCUGAGCGAGGACAUCGAGGGCCGGACCACGUCAGAUCAGAGCUGGAACAAAGAAAAUGAAGGAGGCGACGCCACGAGGACUGAGGCGUCAGCGGCCAACGCUGCACAGCAGGUUUACCAACAGAACGUCCUUCACACUGGGAAACGCUGGUUCAUCAUCUGUCCUGUGGCUGAGACGUCAGACAAAGACAAACGUCCACCUCCAGACUCCGCCCCCCUGACGGUCAGCUCCACCUCCGACCCUGCCGCGGUUUCAUCCUCACCGUCCUGCCUGACGUCGGUCCAGACUCCAGAACCAAACCCGGUCCAGCCUGUGGUCCAGCAGGAGCAGCCAGGUGUUAAAGACCAGGCGGUCGGACGUCAGACCCCCCCUCCUGUGGACGAGCUCUGUAUGUCCGACAUGCCCUGCUGUGCGGUCGUGCCCCCCGUCUCCGUAGAGGUCGCUCCCUCCGGUUCAAACGUCUGCGGCGAGUCGGGCUCCUCUCAGCCUGACGAGAAGGUGGGAGAGCCCCCCCCCCCUCAGCUCUUCUCCCAUCAGGCCGUGGUCCUCCAGCAGCCCCAUGCCACGCCCAUGCAGCCUGGCACCGUGACAUCACAGCCUCAGAGUCCGGCCCACCUCAGCUCCCAGAAUUCUCAGUCGUCCAGCCAGCAGCCGUCUACGGGGGGGGCGCCGGGGGAGUCGGACAGCGAGGGACCGCGGAGGGUGGAGUUCGUGGACCGAACCAUUAAAACGCUGGACGAGAAGCUGAGGAACCUGCUGUACCAGGAACAUCCACAAACCCAGGCCUCGAACGCCACCUCUGACCCCCAGGCCUGCUGCAGCGAGGAGGCCCACUCCCCCACCGUGUCGGAGAGACAGGUCACUGAGGGCGUGACCUUACAGCCUCUUGUCCUGGAGCGUAUGGAUAAUGUGGGAUCAUUAAGUGACUCUGCAGCCGCUGCUGUUACUGAGGUUCUGAAAGGAAGAGGUUUGACCUCAUACAGCAGGGGCAGAUUUGAGGUCGUCCCUUCUUCUCUGGAUGUUGCUGCUUACUGUGAAAAAAGUACAUCAAAAGCCUGCAGUUCACCAGCUCCCUCUAGUGGUUCAGAGAGUUCUCACAGUCUGACCCGGGCCGUGGGCAGCAUUGACAGGAGCGGUGCGGCAGUGGACGGGUCAGCUGAUGGAGAAAAGGCUGCGGCCAGUUCCAGUAACAACCGCUACUCAGCCCCGCCCAACUUCUACCAUGACACGCCCACCUCCAGCCCGGACCUCACCCCACAACACAUCCCCCGGGCUCAGACCAUCCACAACCCCACCGACAACCGCCCCCAACGCCACCGCCUCUGUUCUGACUCAGCGGAUGAGGAGCCAAGCAGUUUGGCUCCCCCUGCAGGCCAAGCCCUUCCCCGACCCCAGGCUCCGACUGAACAUGGUGGUAGUGACAUCAUGAAGAGGGCGGUGGCCUUUCUGCGGCGAUCCGGGCGGAGCAAAUGUGAGCAUAGCUCCGACUCGCCGAACCGACAUUCCCUGACGAUGAACGGCCAUGCUCCGACGCCCCCUGUAGGACAGUCUCAUUCUGCCUACAUCAGCAGCGACAAUGACUCUGAGUUUGAGGACGCCGACAUGAGAAAAGAACUGCAGAAGCUGAGAGAGAAACACAUGAAGGAGAUCUCUGAGCUGCAGGCCUUCCAGAAGAAUGAGAUUGAACAUCUGUACAAGGAGCUGGGCAGAACUCUGCCUGCAAAUGUGGGCUUAUUACACGCAGCGCCCCCAAGUGGACGCAGGCGCAGAGCCAGCAAACACAAACUGAAGGCUGGGAAGCUGCUCAACCCCAUGGUGCAGCAACUAAAAAAGAAUCUGAACACCAGCGCUGACACUAAAGGUGACCCUGUGGCCACAGCAUCCAGUUGUCCAGUUGAACCCCCGCCCCUGACCGAUGGUCUGCUCCGCUCCAGUGUCAGCUGCAGUGGUCAGCCCAGUGGUCAGCCCAGUGGUCAGCACAGUGGUCAGCACCACCGGGCCACAGCAGGUCCACACGCAGCAGCCGUGCUCCCUGAAGGGCUCCUUCUCCUCAGACAACAUCUACACCAGGGUCAACAGUGAGGGGAGCAGCACUGACCCUGGUCGAGGGUCGUCUCUCAACACGGCUGCCGCUCAGUCCGCCUCCGCUCAGACGUCACUCACCUUAGCCACUCCCUCACCCUCGGCUCAGCCAAUCCCACGACUCGCUCAGGUUCAAAGCAACAACAGCAACAACAAGAGGCGC